AUGGCGCAUAUCACCUUUGAUUCCGAUUGGGAUCCAAAUACCGACCUCCUGAAACAAGCGCGAGAGCUGGUCGCCGACCGGCAGAGCAGAGGCGUAAGCCUCUGGGAUUUACUCUGCGAACAGGGUGCUUACGUAAAGGACUGCACGCCUGGCACGAUGAUGUAUCUUUUCCACAGCAUGGUUCUCGUGCAAGUUCUCAGACGUUUGGGCGGACAUGGAACUGGCGAUGAAGCUGAACGGGGCGAAGACGAUGUCCUCGAACAAGUCAGGAAGCUGUUUACCGACCGGCAGCAUAGAGGCAUAGACCUCUGGGACUUACUGUGCGAGCAGAGUGCAUAUGUCCGGGUUAGCCCGUACGGAACCAUGAUCUAUUUGUUCCACAGCAUGGUUCUGGUUCAGAUUUUGAGACGCUUAGGCAAAACUGGCAAUGAAGAUGAACGUAGCGGCAACGAGCAGCCAUAA